AGUCGUAUAUCUCCUCUUCUCUACUCCUUCUCUUCUCUUCCACCAAUCGCCCCGAUGAAAUUCCUCCAAAUCCCUAAUAUCUCUCUGUUUCAGACUUCCGAUUCAGCGAUUAUAUAGCGCCUGUCCAUGUCGAUCUAAUCUAACCUACUCUAUCCCAUCCCAUCCCAUCCCAUCCCGUCCCGGUGAAAAGAUCUCUGCUCCCCUCGUGAUUGGACCUUACCGGCGAUCAAAUUAUGAAGCAGAGCCAGAAAAAGCGGAAGAAGAAGCAAAAAUCACAGGCCUCCAAGCCUUCUUCGGACAGCAACCAUGGCGCCGCCGGUAAGCCCAACCCAAUUGAAGAACCUCUCGGUCUUGGUUCUGUAGCUGAUGCUUUUGGCUCGAUCGCCCUCGAGGAAGCCACCAGGAGCUCGGAGUCGGAGAAGGCCGCUGCCCUUCUACGCGCCUAUCUAUUAGAAAACGCGGGCGAUCCUUCCGCGACUUCUAGCUCGAGCGCGAUUACCGGCUCGGAUCUCGGAAUGGCUUCGAGUUCCGAUUCCUGUUCCGGCUGGAGCGAGGGGUUCUCGGAGCCUAAUGGCUUCGCGUAUAGCGGGAAUCGCUCCAGAGGUAACAAUAAGGCGAAGAGGUUGGUGGCUGCCACGGGAACGGUCUCCACAGUUUUGGGCAAGGAUUAUAUGAAGCCCAGUCCCAAGAGAGAGGUGUUUAAGCCCAAUCGGUUUUCUAAUCGGGUGUUUGUCAAUGAAAGUGAGGAGGCGGAGCAAUUCCUGAUGGGUAUGCUCGGAGACGAGUGUGAGCUCAGCUUGGCCGUCGUCAGAGACUUACUCUGUCAGUGUGGAUACAAUGUGGAAAAGGCUCUGGAUGUAUUAAUGGAUGUAUCUGCUUCAUCUGAUGAGCGUUCAAUAAACAGUACAAGCUUGACUAAUAAUGCAAACAGCCGGGAAGAUACUACAUUUGUAGUCAGCAGUGAUGAAAAUUUGGCAGACAGGGAAUCUGAGUGCACCUCCUACUCAUGUGAGAGUGAGUUUCAAGAUAGCAUGUGGUUCGUAGGCAAUACCUGCCGGAAUUAUUCCGAGGCUCUUGUUGGUUCUGAAAUUCAUAGUGCAACUUGUAGUAGAGCCAUUGAGUCAAAUGUCUCGCAAGAGGUCUUGGAAUCAUUUUAUAAGAUCUAUAAGAGUCCACAACAUGAACCAAGAACUAUGAAUUGGAGAAACAUAGCAAAAAAGUUGAGUUCAUUCAGCAAUGGGACUGAUGUUGGUCAUAGCAUCACAGAACCUCGUGAGUACUCUAACAAUACACCAGUUAUGCUUUACGAUUUUCCAAUGCGAGAGAGUGUUAUUAAGCUUGCACAGAAGGAGGGUAUUGAAUGCGCCGAGGAAAACCAAGGAACUGUGGUAAUGAAGCUUGGUGGGGCACGAGAUUUCAGCUUUCUGGACUUUGACAGCGACAGUGAUUAAAUUGUGCAUGUGCCACUCUUACCUAGGAGUGAGCGAGUUAGAAGGUAUGUAAGAUUAUUUGGGAUGGGCGUCGCCCUCUAGGGUACAGCUUAACUGCAGAAGCCAAGCCUGGAUAAGAUAAAAAUUAAUGACAUCAUGAAGAGUUUGUCGAUGGCAGCUCUUUCUAAGCGGUAGAUCAGAUGUUAAUAUUUAUGUGUAAUGUUACCCCCUUGAAUCUUAGGGUGGAUGGAGUUAAAGCAUGUAUAAAAUGUAGGACUUUGAGAACUUCUCAGUGGGUAGCGUCUUGGGGAUUGCUGCAUGUAUGUGGUUUUACUUUUACAGGAGUUGAUUUAGGGAGGAUUGUAGUUAGCAACUAAUUGCUAAGUUGCUACAGUGGUAAUGUAAGUUAGUGAUUCAUCUAGUGAAGAAUCUGUUGUAUCCUA